GCUGGGCUGGGCUGAGCUAGCAGGCGGCUGCAGGGCGAACACCUCGGGGCGCGCAGGGGAGGCCGAGACCCAGGUGCUGAGUCCCCGGAGAAGAGGAGCCACAGAAGCAGCAGCAGCAGGUCGGGAACCCAUGGCGGAAAAGCAGAUCAGCCUGCCCGCCAAGCUCAUCAAUGGCGGCAUCGCGGGGCUGAUCGGGGUCACCUGCGUGUUUCCCAUCGACCUGGCGAAGACCAGGCUGCAGAACCAGCAGAAUGGCCAGCGCAUGUAUACCAGCAUGUCCGACUGUCUGGUCAAGACCAUUCGCUCCGAGGGCUAUUUCGGCAUGUACCGGGGCGCUGCUGUCAACCUGACCCUCGUCACCCCCGAGAAGGCCAUCAAGCUGGCAGCCAACGACUUCUUCCGCCACCAGCUCUCCAAGGACGGGCAGAAGCUGACCCUGAUCAAGGAGAUGCUGGCGGGCUGCGGAGCAGGCACCUGUCAGGUCAUCGUCACCACUCCCAUGGAGAUGCUCAAGAUCCAGCUGCAGGACGCCGGUCGCAUCGCUGCCCAGAAGAAGAUGCUGGCGGCCCAGGCCCAGCUCUCGGCCCAGGGGGCCGCCCAGCCCUCCGUGGAGGCUCCGGCCCCGAGGCCCACGGCCACGCAGCUGACCCGGGAGCUGCUCCAGCGUCACGGCAUCGCCGGCCUCUACAAGGGCCUGGGGGCCACGCUGCUCAGGGACGUGCCCUUCUCCAUCGUCUACUUCCCCCUCUUUGCCAACCUGAACCAGCUGGGCCAGCCGGCCACGGGGGAGAAAUCACCUUUCUACGUGUCCUUCCUGGCCGGCUGCGCUGCCGGGAGCGCCGCCGCUGUGGCCGUGAAUCCCUGUGACGUGGUGAAGACGCGACUUCAGUCCCUGCAGCGCGGGGUCAACGAGGACACUUACUCCGGCUUCCUGGACUGCGCCAGGAAGAUCUGGCGGCACGAGGGUCCAUCCGCCUUCCUGAAGGGCGCCUACUGCCGUGCCCUGGUCAUCGCCCCGCUCUUUGGCAUCGCACAGGUGGUCUAUUUCCUGGGCAUCGCCGAGACCCUCCUGGGGCUGGUGCAGGACGCCCAGCCCUAAGCCCCCCGCUGCCCACCCACAGGACCGAAGCAGCUGGUGUGGGUAACCGCCAGGUCUUUUUUCAACCUUCCCAACCCAUCCCAAGGACAGACAGGAAGAAGGGAAGGGUGCAGGGCACAUGAGGUGGUGUUGCACCUGCACUCCCACCCCGGGA